CCAGAUGCUGUUAUCUGGUCUCUUCCUACGCCGCAUAAGCAGAUCUCCAUCGUUACCAAUCACUCGAUUCGUUGUACUUUUAAGGGACUAGUCUCGGAAGUCUUGGCACGACGGGAGCGCUAGUUAGGUACCCCUGCCCUGCUCGCAAAGGCGGAAAAAAGUGGCCGUUUUUGUAGGCGAAAACCACCCAAAAUUCUGGCCACUCUUUUCCGCCCCGGAGAGCACUGAUAGAGUCAAGAACGUCACUGGAGAAAUUUUGAGAGGCAUUCGCAACCAUCGUGCUGGAUAUUUCUCUCUUCUUCCUCCUCUCUUCUUACUUUCUAUUCUUUUUUUAGACUCCCUUCCAUUACUUCUAAUGAAAUGAACACAAUAACCUUGCGUGGUCUCCGUGCUGCCGCUCAUUUUUCUCAUCGUCCCAUCAAAUCGUCCAAAUACACUUUGAAACCUUCACUGGCCCUUCUUCAGCUCCGCCACGCCUCAUCAGCCUCUACCCUCGCCCUCAAACCUAUCCCUCCUUCUCCCCACAAGCCGUCCGAUAUCAACGGUCCUCUAACAACCCUCCCUCCUCUUCUCGAUCUCCCCACCCGAGCUCACGGCCAAGGCCUUCCAUCCUAUCUCUUCGCACUCGGCAAAUCAUACGUAAAGUUCUACAAAACAGGCGUUUGGAGCAUCUGGACCAACUACCAACUCUCUCGAGCAAUCAAAACCCGGCUCUCCUCUUCGAACACCUCUCUCAAAGAAGCCGUCCAGAAUUGGAGCAUAACGCGAUCCGAAUUCCAGCUGCUGUAUAGAAACAAGCAUGAUAUCAAACGAGUCCCCGCGUUCGCCUUGGUCUUGAUGAUCUGCGGGGAAUUCACGCCAUUGAUUGUGAUAGCUUUCUCAGCCGUCGUACCAUGGACAUGCCGUAUACCUAAACAAAUUGAUUCCGACAGGCGGAAACUGGAGGAGAGGCGUUCAGAGUCCUUCCGGGAGUUGACUUCGCUUCCUCCUCCGUCAAGAUUAGGAGUUGGGGCGGCGGCGGUUGAGAAGUUGGAUAAAUGGGAGUUACGACACAUAAACUCUAGUCUUGGACUAAGCUCUAAGCUGUGGGAAUGGGUAUUUGGUCCUCCAGAGGUGUUGCUGAAACGGAAAGCUAGGCAGCGUAUGGGGUAUCUGGACAUGGACGACACGUUGAUAAAAAGGGCUGGCGGAGUGGGUGGCUUGUCGGAAGAGGAGGUACGGAUGGCUUGUGUGGAGCGGGGGAUAAAUGUCAUGGGUCCAAGCAAGGAGUCGUUGAAGCGAACAUUGGAUGCUUGGAUGAAGUGCAGAGAGAAAGUGGGAAUGGAGACUUUAUUGUUGACAAGGUAGGCUACAUUUGGGUGCAAUGUAUUGGGGUUGUUCAUUUGCUAACUACCUGUAGACCGAAUGUCUGGCCAGUCAGAGAAAAACCUCUGGAAGCACUGAAGUUAUGAUGCAAACAAGUACGUAUUCAAAAGACUUAUAUUUUCACGUCAAGGAUGAGAAGGUUGUGGAAAUUUUAGAUUAGAGGUCCAGGGCCACAAGCCUAUGACCCGAGAUCAUGCUAU